AUGCACAACAAAUCACUUCAUCAAGAUAUUUAAUCCUUAGAAGAUAAUGAUUGGUAUCUUAGCUAUAUGUAUUUAGGAUGAUAUUUACCAUGUUUUCAAAUCAAUUCAAUCUACUUUGUAAUUAUCAUAAUAUACUCAAUAAUAUUCAUCAAAUAACCAAUUCCAUUAAUAUUAUUAAAUAAUAACAAUUUAUUGACGAAGAACUAUCUAAGCUAUUAAAUUAAAACUUUUAGAAGAUGGAUUAAUAUAGUAUUAAUUUCACUAGUGCCAUUGAAGUCUUUUAAAAUUCUCUCAAAAAUGAAAAAGUUAAUUUUAUCAAUUAAUUCUAGGAUAGAUUAGAUAAAUAUUAUAAUAUUUCAAAUCAUCUCAAAUUUAUUUAAAAUCAAACUGAAUACAAUUAGACUACUUCAUUUGGGAAUCUCAACUAUUUAUUACAAUUAACAGCCAGUCUCCAAAUCAUACCUGAGAAUUAAAUUUUAGAUUCUCUUAAAUUUUACCUUAUAUCUUCUUUUGCUCUUUACUUGAUAACAAGAAAUAAUCAUUUGAAAUUAAGGUUAAUCCUUCUUUAAACAAGUAUUCUAUUUCUUUUUGAAUGCAUCUUAUAGAAUUUUUUAUCAUAAAUUCUUCUAAAAUACAUUAGGUUAUUAUUUAACUUGUUUCUAUAGGUACUUUGCAAUGUUGGUUAUCUAAUAUUCCAUAAUCAAAUAAUUUACAAUAAGUUCAAAGGAGGAAAAUUAAAUAAAUGCAGUCAUUACUUAAAUAAAGAAGAAAUACAAACUAGAAUGA